GUGUGAGUGAGUGAAGUGAGCGGAGGUGAAGAAGAGGAGGAUGAAGCUGGGAGCGGAGGAUGGGAGGAAGAGUGGAGUAAGAUCCAGGCCAGCAGAGAGUCAAUGAGAGACAGAGAGAGAGGAAGAGGAGAGGAAGGUCGACCAAAAAUAAACACUUUGGAUUAUUUACGGACAUUUCUACCGGAAACUUUCAACUUUUUACCGCCACAGCUCGGCUCUCAGUGCCCGGAGCCGGCUUUGUUUCACGGCGGGGGAGUCUGCGAUAAAUGAAGGAAUAAAACAGACCUCCAUCGACCUUUUUCUACCCCAGAGGAGGAUAUCCCGGGACUGGUUUACUACAGGAGACGAGACAAUGGCGGCCAACAUGUACCGAGUGGGAGAUUAUGUGUACUUCGAGAACUCGUCCAGUAACCCGUACAUGAUCCGCAGAAUAGAAGAGCUCAACAAGACAGCCAAUGGGAACGUGGAGGCCAAGGUGGUGUGUCUUUUCAGGAGGCGAGACAUCUCAGGAAACCUCAACGCACUGGCUGACAGCAAUGCCAGAGAAUUCGAGGAGGAAUCGAAGCAGCCGUCGCUGCCUGAACAACAGAAACACCAGCUCAAACACAGAGAACUCUUCCUGUCCAGACAGUUCGAAUCUCUACCUGCCACACACAUACGGGGCAAAUGUAACGUCACCCUCCUCAAUGAAACAGAUGUGUUGGCCGGAUACCUGGACAAAGAGGACUGUUUCUUCUACUCGUUGGUGUUUGACCCAGUCCAGAAGACUCUGCUGGCGGAUCAGGGAGAGAUCCGGGUCGGCUCCAAAUACCAGGCAGAGAUCCCUGACAUGCUAGCAGACACUGAGUCCGACACUCGCGUCCAGGAAAAGCUGGAAACCAAAGUGUGGGACCCCAACAACCAGCUCAAAGAUGCCCAGAUCGACCAGUUCCUGGUGGUGGCGAGAGCGGUGGGGACAUUCGCUCGUGCUCUGGACUGCAGCAGCUCCAUCCGUCAGCCAAGCCUCCACAUGAGUGCAGCAGCAGCCUCCAGAGACAUCACACUGUUCCACGCGAUGGACACACUGCAAAAGAACAACUAUGACCUGGCCAAAGCCAUGUCCACGCUGGUCCCUCAGGGUGGCCCCGUCCUCUGCCGGGAUGAGAUGGAGGAGUGGAGCGCCUCAGAGGCCAUGCUGUUUGAGGAGGCACUGGAGAAAUACGGGAAAGACUUCAAUGACAUCCGCCAGGACUUUCUGCCCUGGAAGUCUCUCGCCAGUGUGGUCCAGUUUUACUAUAUGUGGAAGACUACAGACCGCUACAUCCAGCAGAAACGACUAAAAGCAGCAGAAGCAGACAGUAAGCUGAAGCAGGUCUACAUCCCCACAUAUACCAAACCCAACCCAAACCAGAUCAUGGUCCCGGGCAGUAAACCCGGUAUGAACGGGGCCGCAGGCUUCCAGAAAGGCCUCAGCUGUGAGGGCUGCCACACGGCUCAGUCUCCUCAGUGGUAUGCCUGGGGGCCAUCCAACAUGCAGUGCAGACUUUGCGCCUCCUGCUGGAUCUACUGGAAGAAAUACGGAGGCCUGAAGACCCCCACACAGCUAGAGGGCGCUGCUCGAGCUGGCUCAGAGUCAGGCCCCCGUGGUCACAUGACCCGCCAGGAGGUCCAGGGCAUGUCUCCGUUCACCCGCAAUGAGGGCCGAGCCAAGCUUCUCGCCAAAAACCGGCAGACGUUUAUCCUGCAGACCACCAAACUGACUCGCAUCGCCCGCCGAGUGUGUGAGGACAUCCUGCAGCCUCGACGCGCUGCACGCCGGCCCUAUGCCUCCAUCAACGCCAACGCCGUCAAGGCAGAGUGUAUGAUACGGCUGCCUAAAGCCACAAAAACUCCUGUAAAGAGCAAAGUGGUGCCUCGACAGUCACUGGCCGCCAUCGUGAAGGAUUUAGCCGUCUCUGCUCCUCUGAAGCUGAAGGCGUCUCGAGGACCGUCAACCCCCAUCAAUAGGAACCAGGCCAGCCAACCACGAGUCGGGCAGAGUCUUCUGGGAAAGAGAGGCUUUGACAGCGCUUCAGGGCUUCCUUACCCAGCCAAUGGGAGGCCGUAUACCUCAGGUAUGAGGACCACAUCUCAGUCAGUCAUUAAGAGGCAGAAGGUCAGUCAGGGGGAGGCGCCAAACCCGGUGGUGUUUGUGGCUACGAAGGACACCAGGGCUCUGAGGAAACACCUGACCCAGUCAGAGAUGCGCCGGGCAGCGAGGAAGCCUCACCUGCUGGUCCGGAUCAAGCUGCCGCCACCUCCUCGCUCCCUCGCCAUGCCGCUUCUCCCCACCAGCACCAGUGAACCCAUCGUCCUGGAGGACUGAGGCGGGGCGCCGGGCGGGGUUUUCAGCAGGACACGGGGACAGGGGUGGGAGCUCGGGGCAGCACAGUACGCCAUAACUGUAGUCUUUAUUUCCUGUUUUCAGCGUCAUUUUAGUCUUCUGUUUCAUCCCACAGGCCGUCGAAAAAAAACGCAAACACGAGCACUUCUACAACUACACACUGACACACACGACAUGCCAACAUGCCACCUGCUGGGCUGUGUAUUUCCUCUACAUCCUGGUUCUUUUGCUCCUCUUCCUGUAACAUAAAUCCAUAUAUGUCCCUCCUGAUCGACGGUGACAAAGCACACUUUGUUUUUCCCUCCAUGUCUCUCUUUGUGUAAAUAUAUGACACCGACAUGAGACAGCUGAGGUCAAAGAUUUCACUCGUCCAAUCAAACCUAGCGGGGAACAUCUGCUGUUAUCUUGUUGGUUAGGAGACGAUGGCUCACUGGCUCUCAGUAUUUCAUCCUUUAGCGUUGUUUUUCCUCCAACAACCAGGAGCCAAACACACUUAAUUUAGAGGUUAAUUAAUCCUGAUAGGAUGCAUCCCUCCUGUUUGCACCUCGUGGUAUACAAACGACCACUUAUAAGGAAGCCCGUGAGUGUCAAAAAAAUAAAGCAAGCACAAAAUUGGCAAAAAUGUCAUGCUGCAUCGCUCGUGGACUGUUUUGAUGCUGUGUUAGGAACCAAAUAAAGCUGAUUUUGUUAGAACACGUAAAAAAAUCAGUUUUCAUCCCCAUUUGUGUUUGGUCUUCCUUAUUUCUAUCCUAACGUAGCUUCUUAAAUCAGAUUUCUCUAACCGUGAUACUUAUGUUCUUUACAACCCUCCGAACUAGCUCCAUCCUCAUGUCAUAUUUUCAGUUUUUAAGAAUCUCUCCUCUUGUUACUAGAUUUCCGCUUUUUUUGCUAUUAAAGAGUCGAUUAAAUUCAUCUGAAGCAGUCAAAAAUCAACAGGAAACGGAUCAAAUCAUGUAGAGUCUGUAGUUUUACAUUAAUGGAGGAAAAUUAUGUUGAUCGUGGAACUCAUUUGGUUUAAAAAUGGUUCAGUCCAAAAUGAAGCCAUAAUGUUUGAAUGAAGACGCAGCUCUUCUGACAGUUUGCUUUGUGGAUUAACCCAACACUGUUACGUUGAUGAAAGUCUGAUUAAGAUAAAAAGUAGCAAUAUUAAUAUGUACGGAAGGCAACUAGGGACAAAAAUCAAGCUAUGGAAUUCAUGUUUUUAAAAAAACAAACUAGUUGUACUUACUGUUGAAAAUCAUAUUUAAACAUUGUUGGGUAUUGGGUUUGAUGCUGUUUUGUUGGAAAAAAUCUGUUUUAAAAAGAGCAGCAUUAUGUCAAUAUAUGGAAGGUUAACGAGGCCAAAAUGAAGCUAUGGAAUUCAUGUAAAAAAAAAAAAAAAAAAGUCUGAUAAACAUGGAUAAACUCACUUAUUGAAUGUUUUCAGUGAUUGGGUGUGAUAGUAUGAUGUUGAAAAUAAUAUCUGGGAAAACAAGUAGAGGCAAAAAAUCAAGAUAUGGAAUUAUAGUUUAAGACUGCAGCACUAUAGACAAAAUUAUGAGGACAACACAUUUUACUCCAUUUUGCAAAGUUAAAAACAAUUUUUGGUUUCCUUUUUGCAAGCUUGACUUGUUUUUGUUUGACAUAUAAAAAUAAUUCUGGAUUUCCCAUGAGAGCAAGUCAAAAUUGCAAUUGUAUGGUAGGCCAAAUUAUACAAAAUUAAAUUAUGAAGAUCAGGGCUAAAACAACAACUGAAGAGUCAAUAUUAAAGCAGUACAAUGCCUUCUCAAUUGGUUAAAAAUACCUCAAUGACUGCGUUUUGUGGUGCAGUUUAAAGCUGAUGAGAGACCAGUUGUUCCAGUAUUCAUUUAACACCCCUGUAUCUGUUGGAUGGACAAGGUAGCCCUUAACACGUGUUAAAUUGGGUAAUUACGAUUCCUGCAUUUCCCUGCUGGAAUGAGGAGUUGAGCAAGUUUUAUAAUCAUAUUUGGUCCCAAUUUGGGCUUUAGCAUGUCUCAAAAGUGCGUCUUUUGGCUUUUUCUAACUGUUAUUAAAAUUGUUUUUAAGAAAAUGAUGGAAGCACUAAGAGGACAUGGAUCGAUAUAUUUCACGUGUUCUUCCUUUUUCCAUAUUCCCGUGACAAAAUAAUUCGAUUGCCCUCUCAGGAUCUGGAUGGAUUUUUGUCACUUUUUGAGAGGAAACUAUGCUGUGUUUUCCAUGAUAAUACUUGUACAUGUAUGGAAGGCCAUGAGGGUCAAAAAUCAAGACAUAAAAUGUUCACGAAAAGGGCAACUAAAGAGUCACAGAAGUUGUUGUAGUCCCUUGAAAUUGGUCUGAAACAGCCUUAAUGAAUGUGCUUUGUGAGAGGGUUUGUUGCCUUUUGUCUAGGACAAAUUUCCCAUUUUAUUGUUUGGAAAGAGAAAGCAUCAUAAGGUAGUGAAUUGGGGAUUAUUCUUCCAAUGUUUCCACCAAUGAUGAGCGGUUACUGGGAUUUUAUAAUUGAGAUUCGACCCACAAUAAGCUGUCUAAAAUUUCUCAAAAGUAGUUUUUUUCUGACAUUGGUAAAACAAACCUGUAGCUCCUUUUAAGAAAACCACAGCAACCAUAAGAGGACACUGACCUAUACAUUUAUACCUCUCUUCAUUCUUCAAUAAUAAAAUAAUUUCCAGUUGGAUUUCUGAGAACUUGAUAUGUUUUGAUAUUUAAUUUAAGAAAAAAAAGUGGAUUUCCCCAUAAUUAUAAGCUAAAUUUGUGAAUGUACGCAAGGCCUUAAGGGCCAAAAAACAACUUGAAGAAUUCAUGUGUAAACCUGCAACAAAACAGCCAAGGAAAGUUGAAAAACUCCCUCAAAAUUGGUUCAAGGUGGUCUUGGAGAAUGUUUUUGUAAUUGGGUUUGAAGUCAACGUGAACAACUGUCUCAAUAUUUUAUUACAUUUUCCGAUCUUAGCAUUCAUAAAGGGCGAGCAUUAACACGUGAGUAAUUGGGUCCUUGUGACUUCCUUGUUUCCCCGCUGAAUCAAGGGGAGUCUCCAAUUUUAUAACUAAGUUUGGUCCCAAUUUGAGCUUUUUAGAACAUUUCUCAAACACAAGUGGUUUGGCUUCUUUCUCUCCACUUUCAAGAAAUCUGACGCCCCAAACGGACAUGAAUCCAUACAUUUUACUUCCUUCCAUUUCUCCAUGAUCAAGUAAUUGCUUUUCAAGAUCAUGACUUGUUUCUGUCAUUUUAUUAAUGUAAACAUUGCUGUUUUUUCCACGCAACAAGUUGAAUUUGUAUAUGUAUGGAAGGCCUUUAGAGCUGAAAAUCCAGAUAUGGGAUUCGAGUUUAAAACUGCAAUAAGGAGUCAAAAAUAAAGAUGUAUUAACGUGUACAUGACUGUUUUAAAAAGGCCUUAAUCAGCAUUGUUGAUGAUUGGGUUUGAAGUCGAUGUGAACAUUCAGCUGUCUCAACAUUUUAUUUAAUUUCCAGUUCGUAUCGUUCUUAAAGGGCGAGCAUUAAAAACGUGAUAAAUUGGGUCAUUAUGAUUCCCGUGUUUUCCCGCUGAACUGAGGGGAGACUCUGGUUUUAUAAUCAAGUUUGGUCCCAAUGUGGGCUUUGUAAUAUUUCUGGAAAAGAAGAAAUUGAAGUGUCGAGUUUGUAGCAAAUACUAAUCUGUGUAAAGAAACGUGAAUAAAAUAAAAAGCGGCGUAUUUUAAACUUUUUUACAUCUGAAGUGUGUAAUUCUGCUCCAGUAUUGUGGAGAUGGCUCUAACAGGCGGAUGUGAAUCUUUGCUCUCCUUCA